UUGUCAAUUAUUAUUAUUUUCGAGCACUCAGUAUCCAGUGGACACUGUAACGGGCAACUGUAAGCCACUGAUACUAUUGGAUGCUCAAGUUUAAGAAAACACCGGAUAAAUGAGGGCUCAACAAUUGCAUUUCAAUUAAACUUUAAAUUUACAAUAAAUAAAUUCAAUUGAUCAAAAUGGGUGAGAUACUUGGAUCAGCGAGUUUUUUACAUCUCGGAGAUAUUGUCAGCUUGUAUGCUGAAGGAACAGUAUCAGGAUUUUUAUCAACUCUGGGAUUAGUUGAUGAUAGAUGCGUCGUUUGUCCUGAAGCCGGGGACUUGGUUAAUCCGCCCAAAAAGUUUAGAGACUGCCUGUUCAAAAUAUGUCCUAUGAAUCGAUAUUCCGCUCAAAAGCAGUUCUGGAAAGCGGCGAAGCAGAGUGGAAGUUCAACAACGGAUGCCGUUUUAUUAAAGAGACUUCAUCAUGCCGCGGAAAUCGAAAAAAAACAAAAUGAUACUGAAAAUAAAAAAUUAUUGGGCUCCGUUGUGUCUUACGGCAACGUUGUCCAGCUACUUCACCUUAAAUCUAAUAAAUACCUGACGGUAAACAAGAGACUCCCAGCGCUUCUGGAGAAAAAUGCGAUGCGUGUUUACCUGGACGCAAAUGGCAAUGAAGGCUCCUGGUUUUACAUAAUGCCCUUCUACAAAUUAAGGAGCGACGGUGAUAGCGUCGUUGUAGGCGAUAAAGUUAUAAUGGAGCCUGUUAAUUCUGGCAGACAGGGUCUUCAUGUUGCAGCAAACUACGAGCUUAGCGAUAAUCCAGGCUGUAAGGAAGUUAAUGUUGUUAAUGCCUCUACUUCCUGGAAAGUAACGUUGUUUAUGGAGCACAAAGAAAACCAGGAGGAGAUACUCAAAGGUGGAGACGUUGUUAGGCUCUUUCAUGCCGAGCAGGAGAAAUUUUUGACUAUGGAUGAGUAUAAAAAGAAACAUCACGUCUUUUUGAGAACUACUGGAAGAACAAGCGCCACUGCGGCGACUAGUAGUAAGGCGUUGUGGGAAGUAGAGGUUGUUCAACAUGAUCCCUGUAGAGGUGGAGCAGGUCAUUGGAAUUCUUUGUUUCGAUUUAAACAUCUUGCUACCGGUCAAUAUUUAGCCGCGGAAAUAGACAUUGAUGAGCCAUUAGACACAUCUAAAUUAAAACGUGAUUUAUCUGGAGCAGCGUACCGACUGGUGUCUGUACCCCACAGCAAUGAAAUCAGUUCACUAUUUGAGCUGGACCCUACAACACUGACUCGGGCCGACAGUUUGGUACCUCAAUCGUCAUUUGUAAGACUACAUCACAUAUGCACAAACACUUGGGUACAUUCAACGAGUGUACCUAUCGACAAAGACGAUGAAAAGCCAGUGAUGUCAAAGGUAGGAUGCGCUAUAAAUAAAGAGGACAAAGAGGCUUUUGCUUUGAGAUCUGUUUCUCCAGUAGAAGUUCGUGACCUUGAUUUUGCGAACGACGCUUGCAAAGUGCUUGCAUCAAUUAGCGGUAAAUUGGAGCAAGGGACGAUAUCGCAUAAUGAAAGGAGGGCUGUUACAAGUUUGCUCCAAGAUAUUGUUUACUUUAUUGCCGGGUUGGAGAAUGAACAAAACAAGUCGGAAGCGCUUGAUUUGAUAGUUACAAAUGCUGUGAGAGACAGACAAAAAUUAUUGAGAGAGCAGUAUAUACUUGGGCAAUUAUUUAAGAUACUUCAAGCGCCGUUUUUGGAAUCUAAUGAGGGCGAAGGACCUUUUUUGAGGAUAGAAGAAUUAAAUGAUCCUCGACACGCACCUUACAAAUAUAUAUUCCGAUUAUGUUACCGGAUAUUAAGAUUAUCGCAGCAAGAUUAUCGGAAGAAUCAAGAGUACAUUGCCAAGUUUUUUGCGUUCAUGCAAAAGCAAAUCGGUUAUGAUAUUUUAGCAGAGGAUACAAUUACUGCAUUGUUGCAUAAUAAUCGUAAAUUGUUGGAAAAACAUAUUACAGCAGCUGAGAUCGAGACAUUCGUUGGACUAGUUAGAAAAAAUAUGAAAAAUUGGGAGUCUAGAUUCUUAGAUUACUUAUCAGAUUUAUGUAUAUCUAAUAAAAAAGCCAUUGCGGUAACACAGGAAUUAAUUUGUAAGAGCGUUCUUAGUGAUAAAAAUAAGGAUAUUUUAAUAGAUACUAAAAUGAUUAAAACUCAACUGGAGGUCGAGGAGAAUAUUAAUGAAGAGCAUGAACACGAGCACGAACACCACGACGAUACUAGCGAAAUAACUCAGAUAACGAUAUUAGAAGAGUUUGAAAUUGUGCUUACUUGGAAUAAUGGAAAACGUUCAAUGUCACUUAGCGAACUGUCAAGGGGCGCUAAAAUAGGAAACCACGAGCAUAUUGCUAUAUUGGAUUACUAUAGACAUCAAUUAAAUUUAUUCAGUAAUAUGUGUCUUAAUCGACAGUACUUGGCUUUGAAUAAUUUGUCCCCGCAUUUAGAUAUUGAUUUAAUUUUAAAGUGCAUGGAAGAUGAAACGGUCCCUUAUGAGCUACGUGCUUCCUUUUGCCGCCUCAUGCUGCAUUUGCACGUCGAUCGAGACCCUCAAGAACCCGUAACGCCUGUUAAAUACGCUCGUUUGUGGUCGGAAAUUUCAUCAAAAAUUAGUAUCAACGAUUAUGACACUAAUAAAAUGCCAGAUGAAAAUAAAGAAGCCGUCAGAGCUCGGUUUAGCUCGACAAUACUGUUUGUCGAAGAUUAUUUAUGCAAUGUCGUUUCGAAUGUCUGGUCAUUUGCAGAUCAUGAACAAAAUAAACUCACAUUUGAAGUUGUUAAAUUGGCAAGGGAUCUCAUUUAUUUUGGAUUCUAUAGCUUUAGCGAUUUACUGAGAUUAACUAAAACGCUACUCAAUAUACUCGACUGUGUGUCUGAUAAGGAUUUCAUUGACGGGAAAAUAUCGUCAACCAGUGAAAGCGAUAUCGAAUCGUUGGAUUCUAAAAAUGAAGCUGAAGGUGGUGUAUUGAAAUGUAUAGGAGACAUGGGAGCAGUAAUGACAAGUCUAGCUCUUGGACCCGCAGGUCAAACGAUGUCCGGAAGUUCUUCGCCUCGAUCGAGCCCAGCGGCUAAAAAAGAAUAUCCGCUUGUGAUGGAUACAAAGCUAAAAAUAAUUGAAAUCUUGCAGUUUAUUCUUGACGUUCGGCUUGAUUAUAGAAUAUCCUGUCUGCUGAGUAUCUUCAAAAAGGAAUUUGAUGAGAAUGAAAGAAUGUCAGGCGACGGGAGUCUUGAGCAGAAAGGAAUAGACUUAGAAGCUAUUGGUACUCAAGCGGAAGGAAUAUUUGGUAGUAGCGACGAAUGCUUAGCAUUAGAUCUCGAUGGACAAGGCGGUCGUACAUUCCUGAGAGUUUUGCUGCAUUUAGCAAUGCAUGAUUACCCUCCGUUAGUCUCCGGCUCUCUCCAUUUAUUAUUCCGACAUUUCAGUCAAAGACAAGAAGUCCUUCAAGCGUUCAAGCAGGUUCAAUUGCUAGUUUCGGACAGUGAUGUGGAGUCUUAUAAGCAAAUUAAAGCCGAUUUAGAUGUUCUACGUCAGUCAGUGGAAAAAUCAGAGCUGUGGGUUUAUAAAUCAAAGUCAGUUGAAGAGCAUGGAGGUAAAAAGAAGAAGAGCAAUAAAGAAGACGAGGAUGAGGGCGCGACUCCCCGUAAAAUGCCUCCGAAGUUGGCUCAGAUAGAUAAGAGAGGGUCUGCUAUUGAUUUGGAUGUCGGACCGCCUCUUCAUGCGGACCAAGCUGAAGAAUACAGAAAAAUCCAGCAAAUAUUAAUAAGAAUGAAUAAAUUAUGCAUUCAAACCCUACCUGGUGGCAUUGUCAAGCCUCGCAAACAUGAGCAAAGGCUCUUACGUAACGUUGGAGUACACACAAUUGUCUUGGACCUCCUUCAAGUUCCAUUUGAUUGCAAAGAAGAUACUCGGAUGAAUGAAUUAAUGCGACUUGCUCAUGAAUUUCUUCAAAAUUUCUGUCUCGGUAAUCAACAGAACCAAGUUCUUCUUCACAAACAUCUCGAUUUAUUUUUGAACCCCGGCAUACGGGAAGCUCAAACAGUCUGCAGUAUUUUUCAAGACAAUUCUACGCUCUGCAAUGAAGUCAGUCCAAAAGUGAUUCAACAUUUUGUUCACUGCAUUGAAACUCACGGCAGACAUGUACAGUACUUGAAGUUUCUUCAAACUGUUGUCAAAGCGGAAAAUCAAUUUAUCCGAAAGUGUCAGGAGAUGGUGAUGCAAGAGCUGGUUCAAGCUGGAGAAGAUGUACUUGUAUUUUACAACGACCGUGCGUCAUUUAAUUACUUUAUUGAAAUGAUGAAGUCGGAAAGAUACCGCAUGGAUGAAAGCAGUCCACUCAAAUAUCACGUCGAGCUUGUCAAGCUAUUAGCUUGCUGUACAAUGGGAAAAAACGUCAACACGGAAAUAAAAUGCCACAGCCUUCUGCCGCUCGAUGACAUUGUCGCAAUGGUGUCUCAUCCUGACUGUCUUCCCGAAGUCAAAGAAGCUUAUAUCAAUUUUCUAAAUCACUGUUAUAUUGACACCGAGGUUGAGAUGAAAGAAAUUUACACAUCAAAUCACAUGUGGUCACUUUUUGAGCGGUCCUUUACCGUCGACAUGGCAAUAAUAGGGACCGCGACGCACGACAGGAAUCACGCUGACACAGCUUUGGAGAAUUACGUUCUCAAUUGUCUGAUGAACAUCAUCACUACCUUCUUCAGCAGCCCGUUUUCAGAUCAAAGUACCACCGUCCAGAAACAUCUGCACGAGGCGAGGCUAUUUUGGAAUCUCAAGGAGUGUGACCAUAAUAACGACACCAUUAUUAAUCAAAUGGACUCUACCAGACAGCCAAUAUUUGUGCAAUUAUUGCACGCAGCAUUUAAAGUAUCCCAAUGCGCGUGGUUGAAUGCCGGCCAGCGAUUCAAUGUCGAAAAUUGUAUAAGAACUCUAUCCGAAGUUGCCAAAGGAAGAGGUAUCGCAAUACCAACUGAUUUAGAGAGUCAGGUAGCAAAUAUGUUUAACAAAGCUGCGAUGCUCAGUAGACAGACAACCAAAUGGUUGCAAGCCGUCAAACAACCCAAAGUGGAACGCAGUCAAAGCCAGUUGAUGCGACUGGAUCGGAGUAUCAUCGAAGGUCUUCAGGAUAUUGUUUUACUCCUUGAAGAGCAAUUGAAACCUCUAGUUCAAUCUGAGCUAUCUCUGCUAGUAGAUAUACUUUAUCGCUCGGAGUUGCUGUUUCCGUCGGGUAGUGAAGCCCGGAAAAGAUGCGAGAGCGGAGGUUUUAUUCGGAGGUUGAUAAAGCACACGGAAAAGUUGCUAGAAGAAAAAGAAGAAAAAUUAUGUGUCAAAGUUUUAAGGACCUUAAGAGAAAUGAUGGCUAUGGACCCGGAAUACGGGGAAAAGGAAUAUCUGGACUCGGAGCAAACAUCUGAAGCGAAGAAAGCUAACGAGUUGUCUAAUGAAACUGAUUCUAAUGAACAGUUGAUCGCGCAGCAAAUGACACAGCAACAGCGGGGCGACGCGCUGAGAAGCAAUCUAUUGAUUCGGUACUUUGGAAAGGCAUUUGUCCAGAAAAUGGAGAACGUGGACAUAAACGCGGCGUUAACAACAACGAUAACACACGGCCCGGGUGCUAAAAUUCUAAGCCGAGCCGGGCGUACAUUGCACGAAGUCCAGAGCCAUUUAGACCGCGAGGGAGCUUCAGACCUCGUUGUUGAAUUAGUUAUUAAGAGUGUUCAUUCGCCCAGUAUAUUUGUAGAAGCCGUUGAAUUAGGAAUAGCGCUUUUAGAGGGAGGUAAUCCGAUAAUACAGAAGAGCAUAUACAGCAAGCUAAUGGGCGAUGAUUUAUCGCAAUCUUUCUUCAAAGUAUUCCACGACAAAAUGAAAGACUCCCAACAGGAGAUAAAGUCAACUGUCACUGUUAAUACCUCAGAUAUUGCUGUAAAAGCGCACGAAGACAAGGACCAGAGCAGAGAAGUUGAAAAGAUAUCAAAGAAACGUACGUCAUGCAAAUCAAAUGGAAUAGUAAUUACUGACGAGAUACGGGAGGAAUUAAAUAAUGCAGGUGUAAGCACAGCUCAGGCUUAUGCAAAUGUUCGUACCAUCGCUUCUGGAGAUGACGUAUCUAAUACUGUGGCUCUGGGUUACUCGCUUGAGGAUAUGCUUGCAGACAAGCUGGAACGUCAUAGAAGCGGCAUGAAUGUUAAUAACGAGCAUGAUGAGGGUCUGCUCAACGCAAAAGUAUUAGUAAUGCAGCCGAUAUUGCGUUUUUUGCAGCUGCUCUGCGAAAAUCACAACCGGGACUUGCAAAAUUUUUUGAGGUACCAGAACAACAAAACAAAUUACAAUCUCGUAUCGGAGACUCUGAUGUUCCUGGACUGUAUUUGCGGGUCAACGACCGGCGGGCUCGGGUUACUGGGUCUAUACAUAAAUGAACACAAUGUCGCAUUAAUAAAUCAAACUCUUGAAACUCUCACGGAAUAUUGUCAAGGUCCGUGUCAUGAUAAUCAAAAUUGUAUAGCCACUCACGAGUCAAACGGAUUAGACAUAAUAACUGCGUUAAUAUUGAACGACAUAAACCCAUUAGGGAAAACAAGGAUGGAUUUGAUACUCGAAUUGAAGAAUAAUGCCAGUAAAUUGUUGCUAGCUAUUAUGGAGAGCCGAGGUGACAGCGAAAACGCCGAAAGAAUACUCUACAACAUGAACCCGAAGCAACUGGUGGACGUCGCGUGUCGAGCCUUUCACCAAGACACCCUGGAUGACGACAACGACCUGGACGACUCGUCCAAUAGUGGAGAAGAUGGUGUAGCACCCAAGGAGGUCGGUCACAAUAUCUACAUCCUGUGUCAUCAACUAGCUCAACACAACAAAGAAUUAGCUUCCAUGCUCAGGCCGUCCGAGUCUAAUACUGCUGAUGAAAAAAUUAACAAGGCUCUGCAGUACUACGUCACUCACACAGCUCAGAUUGAAAUCGUCCGACACGACAGGACUCUAGAGCAAAUUGUCUUUCCAAUUCCGGAAAUUUGCGAGCUGAUAACAGUUGAUACUAAGUUAAGAGUGCUUCACACCGCGGAGAGAGACGACCAGGGCUCCAAGGUGUCUGAUUUUUUCGAGCGCACCGAGGACAUGUUCAAUGAAAUGAAGUGGCAGAAGAAAUUGCGCGGCCAGCCGAUGCUCUUCUGGAUGAGCAGCUACAUGUCGCUCUGGAGUAACAUUCUGUUCAACUGCGCGGUGUUGAUUAAUUUAAUAGUGGCGUUUUUCUAUCCGUUUGUCGACGCGGUGCCUAAGUUGAUCAUUCCGCACCUGUCCAGCUUGAUCUGGGCGGUGAUGCUCGCGUCUGGGGCAAUAGUUGUCACCCUGCCCAGGGAAUCGGGCAUAAGAACUCUGGUCGCUUCGACAAUACUCAGGCUGAUAUUCUCCAUAGGUCCCGAGCCGACGCUCUGGCUGCUGGGGUUCUUGACGAUAGUCUUGAAAAUUGUACACAUGAUCAGCAUCAUCGGGAAUCAAGGGACACUCACUAAAAGCCCUGAGCAAAUUAUUACAGACGUCGAACUUUGGUACCAUACGUCUUAUUUAUUCUUCUGCUUGUUAGGGAUAUUUAUGCACCCGUUUUUCUACUCGGUUUUGCUGUUUGAUGUGGUCUAUCGAGAAGAGACUCUCUUGAACGUGAUACGCUCCGUCACUAGAAACGGGAGAUCUAUUAUUUUGACGGCAGUCCUUGCGUUGAUUCUAGUUUACAUGUUCUCGAUAAUAGGAUACAUGUUUUUCAAGGACGACUUCCUUUUAAGCGUAGACGACGAGAUCGUGUCCGCUCCCACGGAUAGCAGUGAUCCCAUUGAGGCAUGUGACGCCAAACAAUUCGAAAAUUGUGAGGCUAGCGAGGGGAUAUCGAGUUACUUGAAACGAGAAAAUUUGAAAAACAAAGCCGCUGAAAUAGUAAGCGUCGGCGGUGAAAUGAAAGAACGGGCCUGCGAUUCGCUGGUGAUGUGUAUUGUUACUACUAUGAAUCAAGGGCUGAGGAAUGGAGGUGGGAUUGGUGAUAUAUUGCGCGCUCCAUCCAGCACCGAGCCACUAUUUGUUGCACGCGUUGUUUAUGAUCUGCUAUUCUUCUUCAUUGUUAUUAUUAUUGUGUUGAAUCUUAUUUUUGGUGUUAUCAUUGACACCUUUGCUGAUCUCAGGUCGGAGAAACAGCAGAAAGAAUUGAUUUUGAAGAAUACUUGCUUUAUUUGCGGGCUCAAUCGAUCCGCCUUUGAUAAUAAAACUGUUUCCUUUGAAGAACAUAUCAAGCAUGAACACAAUAUGUGGCACUUUCUAUACUUUAUUGUCCUGGUCAAGGUUAAAGAUCCGACUGAAUUUACGGGACCUGAAUCUUAUGUUUAUGCAAUGGUUAAGGACCGCAAUCUUGAAUGGUUUCCACGAUUGCGAGCCAAGUCGCUAGCAGCGGACGAGGGUGAAGGUGAGCAAGUAGAAUUACGCAGCUUACAAUCCCAGUUGGAGUCAACUCAGCAACUAGUUAAAUGUCUGUCUCAGCAACUUACUGAGCUCCGCGAUCAGAUGACCGAACAGCGGAAGCAGAAGCAGCGACUGGGUCUUUUGAAUUCAGCAUCGGCGUACAUCCACGGCGCCCCUUCUUAAAGUAAUAGUCCGUUGUUCAAAUAAUAUUUUUUUUAUUUACAAUCUUAUAGAUAUAAAUAUAUAUAUUUAAAAUCAAUAUCCUGGAGAUAUUUUUUAUAGGAGCCGACACGGUUAGGAUCACUUUAAAAUUACUAAACAGAUUACGCGUGCCGGUGAAUUAUUUAAUGAAGGUAUUUUCAAUUUGAAAUUCAUAUCACCGUAAUAAUUGUCGAGACCAUUCAUUAGUAAUUAAUUACUUAUUCAGUGUACGUUACAUUUAAUUGUUAAUUACUUAUAGAAUGGAGAAAAUAGUUGACUAAUUAUCAUAGUAAUAAUAAUGCAUUUUUUUUUUUAAAUAAAUCUAUAUAUUAGUUCUCUAUUCCAUUAAAAAAAAAUCUUUUGGCAUUUAUAAAUACAGUACCUCUUAAUAAUUGCACAUUUAUUCGUACAUUUAAUGCAAUCAUUUUAUUGAGUAACAAUAAUAAUUAAUUAAAAAAAAAAAGUAAUUUUUAGAUUCGUAAAUAAAUCAUAUCGUAAAAUAUUACAUAUAUAUUUAUAUAUGUUAAAUUACGUGCAUCGUACAAACAAAUUGUUAGAAAAUGUUUUUAAAGUUUUAUUGUUUUUAAAAUUAUUAUAAACUAUUUACUUAUACACAUAUACAUGUUUAUAUAUUUUAUUAAUUCGAUUUAUUAUCAAUUGCCUGAAAGUCAAGUAUAAAAUUAUUGUAAAAUAAAAAAAAUGUGGUAAGCGAGGCUGUGAGAAUCCAUUGCAUUGUCUUUAAGAAAAAGAUAUAUUUGUAUCUUCCUUUUUUUUAUCAAUUUAUUUUAUCUAAUUCCUUUAU